CUGCAUUUCUUACUGAAUGCAGCUAUUACUUACAUUAUUACUUUUUUACAGCUCUCAUACUCUUAUGCCAGUACAUACACAUAAGUACUUCAAGAGGAAUAAUAUUUUUUAUGUAUGAAAAUAUGGAGAUUACAGAUAUUUUACAACAAUUGGGAAUAAGCACUUAUGCUAAUGUUUUCGAAAAAAACGGAAUUACAAUGGAGUUAAUUAAAGACUUAAAUGAAAAAUUAAUUGCUGAACUUAUUCCCGAAGUGGGUCCACGUAUAAUUUUUUUGUCGUACUGGAAAAAGAACUUUUCACAAACGAAGGAGACAAGUUCAGUAGCAAGUUCAGUAGGAACUUCAGUAACAAGUUCAGAUGCAGAAAUUAAUAGUAUAGAGAAUAACCAAAAUGCACUUAAUACUUGUAAUAAAAAUGCAAUACAAGAGACAAAUACUUGUGAAAAUUCUAGUAAAAGAAAAUUACAUGAAUUAGACGAAGAAGAUGCAUCUACUUCACAAGAUACGUUUCUAUUAGAAACAAUUCCCAGCAUUGAAGAUCUAUUACAACGAUCAAAAACGGGUAGAGUAAUACUAUGUGGUUCUAAGAUUAAAGAGCUGACUGGAUCAAUGAGAAAUAAGUUGUGCAAUAUAAUUAUCACUUAUAUGCAGGACAAUAAUCUUGUUAUGACAAAUGAAAUAGCCAAAGGCAUUUCAAAACGAAUUGUUAAAUUAUUUCCUUCUGAAGCUGAAGGUACCUAUUUUAUAGAAGGAAAAAAAAAAGAUCCACAAUCCGGAUAAGAAAUCAUUAGCUGCGAAAGGCAAAUUGUUGUCGUGUUGGCGCAAUAGAAAAUAUGCUUUGUCACAAUUAACAAAAUUGACACAAGAAGAUGACAUUGAUAAUCUUGAU